GUUACCAGCAAUGCUGCAUCAGCAGAUGCAACACCAGCCCAUGCAGCAACUCUUCAGCAGCAGCAGCUUCAGCAACAGCAGCUUCAGCAGCAGCAGCUUCAGAUGUCGGGGAAGCGAAAUUCUGGGGGAGUUUCAGGAGCGGUUUGGGGGGGAAAUGCGCCCACGAGCAGCAGCAGCAGCAGCAGCUCGCGGCGACGCAAGCCUCGCGUGCAAGCUCGUGAAGCCUACUACGCUUCUCACUUGCCUCGAAGCACCUCGGUGGGAGCCACAGCGGCAGCUUCUGCAGCAGCAGAACGCAGCGGGAGUGGUUUUACCUUGCGAGCUCGCAGCAGCCGCGUGGAUUACGUGAAUUUAGCGCAGGACGAGGAGGAGGGGGAGGAGUCUGACGACACUGAAGGAGGCGGAACGGCUGGAAGCGGCAACAACAGCAACAGGUACAGUGCAGCUAGAGGCGCAGGAGGCGAAGAAGCAGGAGCUGUUGCUGGGAAGGUAGUCGACCGCGUGCUGGAUUCUCGUUUGCGGGAAGAUGGUGAGGAGGAGUUUCUGAUUAAAUGGCUUGGUCGAGCUCACGUCCACAACACCUGGGAGGUGUAUGACUCCAUAGCGCCGCUUCUGGGCAUCAAAAAGCUGCUCAACUUCAUCAAACGCAGAGACAGGGAGAAGGAGGCCAUGCAGCACAUGACACCGGACGAAGUUGAACAGCUGGAAAUCGAAAAACAAAUGCAGAGACAGCUGGACGAAGAUGCCCUUCAGGCGGAGCGCAUCAUAUACAGAUGGGAGGAUCAGCAGACGGGUGCCAAGUCGUACAUUGUGAAAUGGAGGAGCUCUCCAUACGAUCGGUGCACACAAGAGACGCAUGAAACGCUUGUGCAGCAUGAUUUCUUGCCCUUGGUUGACGCGUAUGAUGCGCGGCUGCGCAGGGUGCAGGCUAAAUUGCAGAAGGCCCUUUCUGAGCCUGCAGCCUUCAGGCCGAUUACUUCGACCGCAUUCGUCCCAUACGUUGAAACUCCUCCAUAUAUGAAUCGCGUGUCUCCUCCGGAAGAAGGGGAAGUUGAACUCGAGCCAGAAGCGCAGCAGCAAGGAGAAUUGCAGGCAGGAAAACACGAGCAGGCAGGAGACAGCUCGAGCAGCAGCAGCCGCCUUGAGCUCUCCCUAGGCCGAGAAGCAGAUUCAAGGAGUAACCAGGAAUUGCGUGAUUACCAGCUGACGGGGGUUAAUUGGAUUCUCUCCCGCUUGAAGCGCGGCGUGUCUGUGUUGCUGGCGGAUGAAAUGGGACUGGGCAAGACGGUGCAAACGAUUGGUGUCGUAGGCCAUCUUUUGUUCAAGGAGGAGGUACUCACGCCUAUUCUGAUCUUUGUACCGCAAUCCACGCUCGACAACUGGGUGCGGGAAUUCUCCCGCUGGCUGCCAGAGGCCAACGUGGUGAUGGUGCACGGCAAUGCUGCUGGGCGAAGCGUGAUUCGAAACUACGAGCUGCAACGGCUGCAUCACCGCCUUCCAGUGUACAAGUUUGACGUGUGUCUGACGACGCCGUCCAUUCUCAACUGCGGAGGUGAUUCGGAGUUCUUGAAAAAGGUGGUUUGGUCUCUGUUAGUGGUGGACGAAGCCCACCAACUGAAGAAUAUCAACAGCAAGCGCUUCAUCGAGCUUUCCGCAUUCUCCGUGCAGCACAAGUUGUUCCUCUCCGGCACGCCCCUGCACAACAACUUGGACGAACUCUGGAACCUCCUGCACUUCCUCAACCCCUCCAUUCAUCAUAGCAUCGCAGAAUUCAAGCAGAAGUACCACUUGGUAGAGAAGCACUCAGAAGUGGGAGAGGCGAAGGCUGCACAGUUGGCAGCCUUGCAGCAGGAACUGAACGGCUUCAUUCUUCGCAGAGUCAAAAAAGACGUGGAAAGGAGCAUGCCAAAGAAGGUAGAGAGCAUCCUGCGCGUGGAAAUGUCCCCCUUGCAGCUGCACUUCUACCGGCUUAUCCUCACAAAGAAUUUCGAUCACCUCGCACGGAAGGGAGGUGCCAAUCGCACGAACCUGCAGAACAUAUGCAUGGAACUGAAGAAAGUCUGCAACCACCCCUUCCUCUGUCGUGCACCGGAGGAAGGAGAGGAGUGGUCGCGCUUACUUGUAGACGGCUCAGCGAAGAUCCGGCUGCUCGAUAAGCUCCUCAAGAGGCUUAAGGAAAAGGGGCACCGCGUCUUGAUCUUCUCACAGAUGGUCAAGAUGCUGAACAUCCUCGCGGAGUUUCUCAAGCUACGGGGAUACAAACACCAGCGCUUGGACGGAACCAUGCCUAAAGAGGUUCGCCGAAAGGCCAUGGAGCAGUUCAACUCGCGAAGCAGCAACGACUUUUGUUUCCUUCUUUCAACGAAGGCGGGAGGUCUUGGCAUCAAUCUCACAUCGGCAGAUACCGUCAUCAUUUUUGAUUCGGACUGGAAUCCACAGAAUGACCUGCAAGCUGAGGCGCGGGCUCAUCGCAUAGGACAGACGAAGACGGUACAAAUUUACCGUCUCGUGACGAAAGAUUCCAUCGAGCAAACAAUCCUUGAAAGGGCAAAGGCGAAAAUGGUGCUUGACACGCUUGUUGUCCAGGGCCUGAAUAAGCGGGGAGCCGAGUGUGGAGGUACAACUUCUCUUUCUGGGGGAGCCUCUGGGCUGGGUGCCGCGUUUUCUCGCGAGGAUCUUAGCAAAAUUUUGAAGUUUGGUGCAACGAAGCUGUGGAAGCAGAGUCGUCCGAAGGGAUGCGAAGAGGACGGCGGUCCUACGGGAAACGGUGGCGGGGCAGAUGAGGAGUUUAACUCCUUUGACGUCGAGAAGCCUGCAGCUGAGGUAGACUUGGAUCUGAUUCUAGCGGAGGCUGAGGUGACAGUCACGGAGGCCACAAAGAGGGACGGGGGCAUUGCUGAUUCUCUGCUAUCCUCGUAUCAAAAUAUUCAAGAGUUCAAGUACGAGCCCUCUGAGGCAGCGGCUGCAGCGGAAAAUGAUGCGGAAUUCUGGGCGCAGUGUAUCCCCGCUCACGAGCGUGCGAAGCUGAAGAAGCAAACGGAGGAGCAAUUAAUUGUUCAUGGCAAGCGCCGAACGAGAAAUGCCUUGCUGACGUGGGGUCUUGGAGGGAGGGCAGACGACAGUCCGGAGCGUUCAACUGGGGGUUCUCUAGCAGGCAGCAGCGGUUAUGGCGUCUUUCCCAACUCCAGCGGCUCCUUUGAUGAGGGGGACGAAAGUGCGGCUGUUGCUGCUGCUGUCGCUUCCGCAACUGCCACAGGAGGCAGAGGCAGACGUGGCAGGCGCCCCCGUGUGCUGAAUCCUACGCAGCUGACGGCUAAAGAAUACCACAGGCUGUAUAGAGCCUUGCUGCGGUACGGAUGCAUUGAGCGGAGGCUUACUGACAUCGUGAUGGAAGCAAAGCUGCAGAGGGUCUCCUCAGCCGUCGUGGUGGCUGCCGCUCAGCAGAUCGUUGCUGCCUGCAGAGAGAGACUCAAUCAAGCUCCCUCGAAGCCUGCAAGCGCUGGGGGGGGCAGCCGCAAGAGUGGCAGGGGAACCAAGGAAGAAGAGGACGAAGAAGAUGAUGCAGAACAAACGCCAAGGCCAAAAGACGAAGAAGACACGAAAGAAGCAGGCCGCUCCUACUUCACCCAAAUCGGCGACACUCGAGUGAACGCGUGGGAUCUCAUAGAACGCUUGCAGCUGCUGACGCUGCUGCACGAUGUUUUCGAACAACAAAACCCAGGGUGCCCUUCCCCUUGGCGCCUCCCCACCGGCCCUCUUUCCGCCGACUUCACGGGCAUGCUGCAGCAGCAAUCGCAGCAGCAGCAGCAGCAGCUUACCCAAAAUUCGGAGGCAGCUGAUGCUGGCGAUGCUGCGCCUGAAUCCACGGAGGUCGGUCCGACUGCAAGUGCAGCAACGCCUGGCAGUAGUCGCCAUCAAGAAAUAGCUAUUCAGUUGGAAGAACAGCAGUCGCAGCCUCCGCAGCUCAGUGAUACAACCACCAGCGGUGGGAGCAGAACAGGAUUUCCACCUUCUCGAGAUGCUGGGAGAGCUGGUUUUCUCAAGAAUAGAAUGUAUGUAUGUUCGAACGGUCUCCCCCCCCCUCCCCCCCAGCAGCAGGAAGCGUAUGUGGGCGUGGGGUGUUGCUUUUUUCUGCAGCUGCAUCUGCCUGAGGGUGUAAUAUCUCGCCUAAAGGCGUGGAGUGCCAGAGACGUCCAGCACUGGGGCACGCGAGAAGACGAAAGCCUCCUCAUCGGAGCCUACAAAUACGGUUUCGGCGCAUGGACGGAGGUGAGCAACGACCCCAAUCUCUGUCUUCCCCAAAUCCGGGAUAUCAAAUUCGACAAGCUGAAGAUGCGAGCCUUGCGGACCAUGAAGCUGCUGGAGAAGCACUUGCUACAAAGUAGCAGCGGCUCCCUGAAUACGGCCAGGCCUACUCGCUCCUUGCGAUCGAGCCCUUCCUUCUCCUCAACAGCGCACCACAAGAUAGACAUUGCAGUCACGGCGAGCGCCGCUGCUGCUGAUGACGACGAGGAUGAAGAGGACGAUGAGCUCAAUGGGGACCAAGAAGGAGUUGUAAGCUGCCUCCCCUGGUUGCGCGCACCCUUUGGUCCUCCUGGCUUGGCAGCUCUGCCAGUUGAGCGUUUGAAGAAGGCAGUCCGUCGGCUGCUGCGGGCCGAUCGGCGUUCUUUGAAGCACCUGAAAAAGGUUUUCAAGGAGGCAGCUACCGACAACAACCCCACGCUUCAUCGUUCUGCCGCUGCCCCAUACCUACCUUCUAUUGCAGCUCAUUGCGGGAAUCCCCGCAGAGGAAUUGCAACAGAUGAGCUGUAUGCCCCUGCAGCAGCAGCAGCUGCCGCAGUGUCUUCCCGCGAGGUGACUGCAGCGACGUCAUCGCUGCCACCAGCAGCAGCUGUUUUUAAUGAUCCUUCCAGUGAGCUGCAACAGCAAAGCAAGUGCGACAGCGGAUUCUCUACUUCUGAGGCUCCAGCGGACGCGGCCGGAGCAGCAACUAAUCCUUCUGCCUCACCACAACAGGAACCUGCCCCAAUGCAGCUAGCUGCUGCAGCUGGAUCACUGUUGAUGGGCAGCUGA